GACCCUUGUGGUACCCCCCCCCCCCCCCCCCCAAGAUGAACGCCAUCUUACGUCACGCUGUUGGAAAAUUCCACAGAAGAACGCUGACGUGUCCUUUACCUGUCUUUAACCAAAUAAGGACUUGGCCCCGCCCUUGGCACACCAGCUGCUCAUUAGGCAGACCAGCGAGUCCGGCGUGUGUUCUUUCUCACCUCCCCGCGGCACAACACGUCUCAGCGAGGGUUUGUGCGACAGAAAGUCUGGCUCAAGCACAAUCUUACCGAGCUACAUCCAACAUGGCCACACGGGGUACGGCUGUCAGACUCCCGGCGAGGGGAGGGGAGAAGUUCGCAGAGAAGGAGUUCCCGUUUACUAACCUGGUCCUCGAGGGAGGCGGAGCGAAGGGGAUUGCGUACAUCGGGGCUGCCAAGGUCCUGGAGGACGCCGGCAUCAUGAAGAACAUCAAAAGGUUUGGCGGCACCAGCGCAGGCGCAAUAACGGCGGCCCUGCUGGCGAUUGGGAUGACGUCAGAGGAGAUGAUGACGACACUGAGUGGUGUGGACUUGUGGAAAAUACUGAUGGAUGGAGGUAAACAUUGGAUCUCCUGGCUGAAUUAUGCCUCCUACGCCCACAACCUCAUCUACCACAAGGGCGCCAACCCGGGCAACGACUUUCUGGAGUGGUUCGGUAAAGUCAUCGCGAACUCGAGAGAGGUGGUGGAGCACGGUCUGGACGGUGACAUAACCUUCCUGGAGCUGCACCAGGUGCUUAAGCGUGAGCUGUGCAUCGUGUCGUAUAACGUGCAGUACGCCCGGGAGUUGUACUUCCACGUCAAGACCACGCCGCUCAUGCGGGUACGGGAGGCAGUGCGCAUGUCCAUGUCCAUUCCGGUGGCGUUCGAACCGUACCAGCGCGGCGGGUUCCUGCACAUCGAUGGAGGGUUGGUGGCUAACUACCCAAUCUACUGCUUCGACGGCUGGUGGCUGUCGCUGAACGAUGAGAACACCUUCCGCGCAAGGUUUGACGGGAAAACGGAAGCGGAAGUCAAGACCCUCAUGAGCCCCGAAAACCUGCGUGAUAAGCGCUUCAGUCCUGUCCAGGGCAGCAACGGAGGGGAGAAGACACUCGGCAUGAUCCUGUUCUCGAAAGACACGGACCCUACUCCACACGAGGUGGAGCUUGAGGAACGGCUAGCCAGGCUGGAAGAGGAGGAUCCCACCGCGAUGAAGAUCCGCCCGACAACCAAACUGGCAAGCUCCUUCGAAGAAGCCCAGGCCGCGCGAAAGGAGUUCAACAGCGAGGAGCAGAAGAGGUUUGCUGGGUACAGGAAAGGGCUCGUCAGGAUCGAGCGGGUUUACCAGGAAUCAACUCCGGACACUCUGGAGGAAAACUUCAUGAAGGAAUUCAAAGAAGAUGAGUUCAAACCGUGGGGGUGGAGCAGGGCCGAGGCAUUUGCUGCGUACUUCCCACAGGUGGAGCGUGGAAAGGAGCCCACUGACGCUGUUGUGAAGCACAUGAGGGACAACUGGCUCGUUCUGGAAGCGAAGACCCUUCUUCUAGGGGAGAAGAAAGUGGAGACCACCACGGAGUACUACGGAUCUUUGUUGGAUUUCAUGGGGAAGAACGAACCUUUUGAGGAGGAAGACGUGAAGCGAACCGUCGGUAUUGACAUUGACUACGUGGGUACCAUGGACUUCGACAUGGCGAAUGAGGAUAUGAACUUCCUCAUGGAUCAAGGCGCGGCUGCUGCCGUAGCGUUCCUACGUGAAUACGAGCCUCCAGCAGAAGGUGCGGCUACUCAUCAUGAGUCUCACAAGGAAGAGUCUGACAAGGAAGUGUCUGAAAAUGAAUACUGAUAGCUUCUACACAGAAUGGACCGAUCCCAAAACCCCGCCCCCUGAUCGAUUAUGGUUCUAUUUCGAACACCUCCGUCAAAAAUAGCCAUUUCUGUUCCACCGGGCAGUUUUUGACGGAGGUGUUCGAAAUAGAAUAGGGGGCUCUAUCUGUUCGAUAUCGAAUUCGAUAGGGUUGGUUCAUUUCUGCAACAUCCACAAGAUCAUUUUUCUGCAGUUUGCAUUGCAAUUUUUCAAAAACCCAUCAUAAUGCUCAUGCUUUGCUGAAAUUUAAGAGGGAGCGGCCUAAAUGUUUCAAAUUGUGUUUAGGUUGGUGGUUCCUGCAUAAGGAAUUAGUAAGAUCACUUUAGGUAAAAUUCUGCUUUAAAAAUAGAUUUAGUAGAUUCUAAUCACAAACUUGGCCGCAUUAUGAUAGUAUGAUAACGUAAUGUUAUACGUCAUACUGGCAAAUUGUGGAAGAGAGCAUUCACUAAACGUCAAACGUCAACGCUGUGUGUGUCCUGAAUAUUGAGUAGCAGAAGGUGGUUGACCUUCAAAAGAGGAAUAAAGCUUACCGGCUUACAA